GGCGCUGUAGGGAUCCGGCUGCGUGUCACUAAGAGUGCCGGCCACAAAAGAAAAGAAGAUGGCGACAAACCUGAUGAACCUACGCAAUCUCUUUGAGCAAUUAAUGAGACAAGUGGAUGGACUGAAUGAGGGUAUCGAGCCACAGUUUAUUCAGCUAGCUAAGACUUUUGAAGCCUUUCGAAGGAAAUGGCAAAAAUCUGAGCAAGAACUGAUGAAAAAUAAAGAAAUGCUCAUGAAGACUGAAACCGAGCGCAGUGCGCUGGAAGUUAAGCUAAAGCAUGCACGCAAUCAGGUGGAUGUAGAGAUAAAGAGAAGGCAGCGUGCAGAGGCUGAAUGUGAAAAACUGGAACGGCAGAUACAGCUCAUACGUGAACUGCUUAUGUGUGAUCCAUCCUGCAGCAUUCAGCUCAGUGAACAGCAAAGAAGUGCUUUAGCUUUUCUUAACAACAGGACUCAAAUGUCUGCUGAUGGCAAUGGCACUAGGAGGCUCUCAAAGAUAGAUGAAUCUGCUUCCAUUCUCUCCGACAUCAGCUUCGACAAGACUGAAGACUCUUUGGAUUGGGAUUCUUCUCUUGUACGAAAUGUAAAGCUGAAGAAACGAGAGAAACGGCGUUCCUCCAGGCAGCAUACUGAAGGACCACCAGUUCCAAGCAAGCGAAACCGUUCUGUAGGAAUUGCACUGGACCAGGCCAAUGAAUCCAUUAUCGCAAAAACAACGCUUACUGUCCCAAACGAUGGAGGGCCUAUUGAUGUUGUUUCAUCAAUUGAGACUGUACCAUACUAUAACACUCGAAGCCGUAGGACUGGAACACUUCAGCCCUGGAAUAGUGAUUCCAGUUUAGUGAGCCGGCAUCUUGAUGAUAAAGGUGAAACGGACAGUUUCAGAACUCCACAGAAUGGAGGCAUGCGUCUACAUGAAUUUGUAUCCAAAACGGUGAUUAAACCGGAGUCAUGUGUUCCGUGCGGUAAAAGAAUAAAGUUUGGAAAAAUGUCAUUAAAGUGCCGCGAUUGUCGUGUUGUAGCUCAUCCAGAGUGUCGUGAACGAUGUCCCCUACCCUGUAUUCCUACAGUGGGUGGCACCCCUGUCCGUAUUGGAGAGGGCACCCUUGCUGAUUUUGCUCCACUGACAUCCCCAAUGAUUCCUCCGUUAAUUGUUCACUGUGUCAGUGAAAUUCAGCAGAGAGGACUCCAUGAGACUGGCUUGUAUCGGAUUUCUGGCUGCGACCGUACAGUGAAGGAACUUAAGGAAAAGUUCCUCCGAGGAAAAAGUGUUCCUCUUCUAAGUAAGGUGGAUGAUAUUCAUGCUGUUUGUGGAUUUCUUAAGGACUUUUUGAGAAAUCUCAAGGAGCCGCUUCUCACAUUCCAGCUAAACAGAACUUUCAUGGAAGCAGCUGAAAUAAGAAAUGAAGAGAGCAGCAUCGCUGCUAUUUACCAAGCUGUAGAUGGGUUGCCAGCAGCCAACAGAGACACUCUAGCUUACUUGAUGAUCCAUCUUCAAAGAGUGGCCCAGAGCCCAGACUGUAAGAUGGAUGUGAGCAAUCUGGCCAGGGUAUUUGGCCCAACGCUUGUUGGUCACGCAGUCUCAGAUCCUGACCCCAUGACAAUUCUUCAAGAUACAAGGCGACAACCUAUGGUUAUUGAAAGGCUGCUGUCGUUACCCGCAGAAUACUGGAAUCAGUUCAUGAUGGUAGAAAAUAUUGACCCCAAUCACGUUAUUGAAAAUGCCAAUGUUUUUAACACUCCCCAGACUCCUGACGGCCGAGUGAGCAUUUUAGGACCCCUUACAACUCCAGAGCAACAAUUCAAAAAAACUCCAUCAUCCAGCUCCCUUUCUCAGAGGAUGAAAUCCACAAUUGGCAAAAACACUCCAAUGUUUGGAAGCAAAAGUAAAUCAGUAAGCAGCAUCCCUAGACAAGGAAACUACUUUGCCUCACCUCUGCUAAAAUAAAAGGCCUGCAAGAUGCAAGUUAUACGCUACUUCUGGUGUCUACUAAUAUAUACUAUGCUUUUAAACACUUAAUGCAUUUUACUGAAGGGAUAUAUAAAACAGUGUACUUCAUAGCAAGUCUGCUGCCAGCCAUUAAGAGUUUUUUUUUAGAAUUGUGCAUUUUUAUUAUUUUAGUUGGUUCUAAAAUCAUUGUACAAACUCAUUUUAAGUUUUUAAUUGUUGUCAAUUGUUUUAUCACAAGUUCUAAAUGUUUUCCAAUUAUAUUGGCGUGAGCAAGCAAACGAUACGGUUUGACAUAAAUUGAGUUAAUAGGGAAAAAAACCCAAUACAAGCCUUUAUCUCACAUUGUAGGACUUUUGGGAUAGUCCCCUUAUCCUUCUGUAAAUAUUUUUACAAAAAAAAAGAUGAAAAGUGCAGUUAAUCCAAGAUGAUGUAUCAAACAAAAUAAUUCAUGUUUAGCUUUCAAGUAUGUUAUGCUGUGUAAUACUCUGUAAAUACAAUACUGCUAAUUUAUUGUUCAGUGGUUUUUUUCAGAAUCUAAGGUAGACCUAUUUAUCAUGCUGUGCAAAACAUGUAAGAGCUAGCUAACCGUUGAUGUUGCCCAUAGCAACCAAUCGGCAAUUGGAUGUCAAGUCACGUGUGGUUGUGAUGGAAUAGCCUCCAGAGCACCCCUACCACAUAUAUUACAAUUGCCAUUUGCCUUAUUCGGCAUCAUUGUAGCAGUCAUUGCCAAUGUAUUUGAUCUCCGGCAGCCUUUAUGGGGUGAAAGUUUAAUAUUUAUCUGGCCUCUAGAAUAGACUGAAAUCAGCACCCAUCUUUAAUACACAAAAACCCAGGAUUGCCUUGUGAAAGAGUAAUUCCACACGUUGCUUCUGUUUCUUUUGAGACAAAAUUUAUAUUUUAUUCAGCAGGCCUUUGUACAGCACUACAGUAUAGUGGCACUGCACAUUUUUCAUAGAUGCUGGAGCUUGUGGAAUAAAACUGAAACUGAUGGUCAUAAA